GUCUAGGUUCUCCGGAAGGAUCAAGGGUCUGGAGAUCUCUGGGUUUGGCAAGGUUGCCCCCACAGGCGCUGAGUAGGGCUACUGUGGGGUGGGGUUUGGGUGGACCCAAGAAGGGGCCGAGCUGGGUAGGCAACUGAACUCCCUAGGCUCCAGAUUGGCCAAGGGCGGAGUUUGACGUUUAGCAUUGUCUGGGAAGCUUUGGGAAGCUCUGUGUGUUGUGGGUGGGGUUUGGGUAGAUGGUAAAGGGGAGUGUUAGGGGCUAUAGGAGACCCUUACGUCGAGAAGAGAAACUUAAAGGACAGGGCAUCAGAUGAGCUUUGCUGGGAAUAGGUGAAGGAGUGAAUUUUGGGAUGAAGUGGACAAAAGUAUAGCUCGGUAGCACCUCUGGCAACUCAGGUGCCAUGGCCUUGAUUGAAGGAGUAGGCGAUGAGGUGACUGUCCUUUUUUCGGUGCUUGCCUGCCUUCUGGUGCUGGCCCUUGCCUGGGUCUCAACACAUACCACUGAGAAUACAGACCCCCUGCCACAGCCGUCAGGGACCACCGCAACCCCAGCACAGCCCAGUGAAGCCAUGGCAGCCACAGACAGCAUCAGAGAGGAGGCCCCAGGGGCUGAGAGCCCCAGCCUGAGACACAGAAGUCCAUCAGCACAUCCAGAACCUGACUCCGAGGUCACAGCAACAGCACCACCUCCUGACUCCCUGCAGGAACCCCUAGUGCUACGGUUGAAAUUUCUCAAUGACUCUGAGCAGGUGGCCAGGGCCUGGCCUCAGGACACCAUCGGUUCCUUGAAAAGGACCCAGUUUCCGGGCCGGGAACAGCAGGUUCGACUCAUCUACCAAGGCCAACUGCUAGGAGACGACACCCAGACACUGGGCAGCCUCCACCUCCCCCCCAACUGCGUUCUCCACUGCCACGUGUCCACGAGAGUCGGUCCCCCACAUCCCCCUUGCCCACCAGGGUCAGAGCCCGGCCCCUCCGGGCUGGAAAUCGGCAGUCUUCUGUUGCCCCUGCUGCUUCUGCUGCUGCUCCUGCUUUGGUACUGCCAGAUCCAGUACCGGCCCUUCUUUCCCCUGACAGCCACCCUGGGCCUGGCCGGCUUCACCCUGCUCCUCAGUCUCCUGGCCUUUGCCAUGUAUCGCCCGUAGUGCCUCCACGGGCUUUUGGCAGUGUAGCCAGCCCCUCUGGACCUCAGUCCCCAAGGCGCAAAGGGGGCUGCUGUCUGCCCAGGCCCACCUCACCCGCUGCCUGCCUUUUCCCACUCCCCUGGAGCCCAGCCUUGUGCCGCAGAGGACUCCAGGGCUUAGCGGAGGCUUCUCCCUGUGAUCUUCAUAUUUCGGGGCCAUCUUCUGGGGCUGCUGGCCCUCAGCCUUCGCAGACAGUGGGUUCUUCUGGAUCAGGCACUUGCUGUCGCUGCCUUGGCCCGGCACAAAGCCGGGCCACCCCACUGGGCCCAUCUUAGUGUGCUGCCAGAGGACCUAGGUACGUCUAGUUCCAAAGAGCUGCCGUGGCUGAGUUGGGGACCGAUGGACUGGGAGACUGGUGAAGGGGAGUUGAGAAAAGCGGAGCUGUUUUCUGGAAUUUUGUGCAGAUUAAAGAAACUGUGACGUUUUCA